AUGACUGUCUCCGAAGGGAGUGGCUUGGAGCCGCUUCCCAAUACCAAGCCUAUGCACUAUGCGACCACUACAUUGAAAGUGGACGGCAUGACUUGUGGCGCGUGUACAUCCGCAGUCGAAUCCGGCUUCAAAGGUGUCGAUGGCGCUGGGGCUGUGUCGGUCAGUCUCAUGAUGGGAAGAGCAGUGAUACACCACGAUCCUACGCUUCUACCGGCCGAGAAACUGGCCGAAAUAAUUGAAGAUCGUGGCUUCGACGCCGAAGUCCUGACCACCGACAUGCCUCAACUGACAAAGCCCUCUGUUGAUACGAGGACUACACGCCUUAGUACGACCACAUUAUCCGUGGAAGGAAUGACGUGCGGUGCUUGCACUUCUGCUGUGGAAGCUGGGUUCAGGAAUGUCCCUGGGGUCAAGAGCAUGAGCGUGUCGCUUCUUGCGGGACGUGCAAUAGUACAGCAUGAUGCGAGCAUCAUUGAGCCCAAAUCUUUGGCUGACAUCAUUGAAGACUGUGGUUUCGACGCCAAGGUAUUGGAUUCGAAAGUACAAGAACCCAAACCUACCCUUCAUCUAUCCACAAAGGAUCAGUCGCAGAAUACAUGGACCACAACUGUGGCCAUUGAGGGAAUGACUUGUGGGGCAUGUACUUCGUCGGUGGAAGGCGCGUUCAAAAAUGUGCUCGGAGUGGUCCGUUUCAACAUCAGUCUCCUUGCAGAACGAGCCGUAGUUUCUCACGAUCCAGAGAUUUUGUCAGCAGAGAAGAUUGUUGAAAUGAUCGAGGACGCAGGGUUUGACGCCAAGGUGGUGUCUUCAAGUGCUGAUGCGACUGUUCAAGGCAGUUCUUCUGUCUCUCAACAACUCAAAAUAUACGGGCUUGCUGAUGGUGUUGCUGCCACUCAACUCGAAGACGAAGUCAGAUCGAGGCCUGGUGUCCAGAGCGCCGUCAUCAGCCUGUCGACUUCACGUGCUAAUAUAACAUACGACCCCUCAGUCAUUGGUCUCCGGGCGCUUGUUGGCAUCGUUGAGGCUGCUGGCUACAAUGCCUUGGUGGCGGAUUCCGAGGACAAUAAUGCCCAGCUUGAGUCCCUCGCAAAGACGAAAGAGAUUAUGGAGUGGCGACGCGCUUUCCUGACCUCUCUUGGAUUCGCUAUCCCAGUUUUCUUCAUCAGCAUGAUCCUACCUAUGUGUUUCCCGACGUACAAUUUUGGCGCUUUCGAACUGAUACCCGGUCUGUUUUUGGGCGACAUUAUCUGCUGCGGCUUGACAAUCCCGGUACAAUUUGGAAUCGGAAAUCGAUUUUACGUCUCGGCUUACAAAAGUUUAAAACAUAAAUCCCCUACCAUGGAUGUCUUGGUGGUCCUUGGUACAUCUGCAGCAUUUUUCUUCAGCUGUUUCGCUGUCAUUGUGGCCGUUUUGUUCCCACCUCACAACAAGCCCGCCACGCUCUUCGACACAAGCACUAUGCUGAUCUCGUUCAUCACCCUGGGCAGGUGGCUGGAAAACAGAGCCAAGGGUCAAACAUCUAAAGCUCUGUCGAAUCUCAUGUCGCUUGCACCGAGUAUGGCAACAAUCUAUGAAGACCCGCUGUAUGCGGAGAAGCUUGCAGGGACCUGGACCGCGCCAUCUUCACCCGUGCUAGAAAAAGUGCCGACGAAUGAUUUCAACAAAGCAGCCGCUCCAGCUACAGGCCCUGGCGCCGUUGAAAAGGUCAUUCCCACAGAACUGCUCGAGGUCGGUGACAUCGUCAUCUUACGGCCUGGUGACAAAGUCCCAGCGGAUGGGAUAGUGACUCGUGGCGAAAGCUUCGUUGACGAAAGCAUGGUCACGGGCGAGGCUAUGCCCAUCUUCAAGAAGAAGGGCAGCGUUCUCAUGGCCGGGACUGUCAAUGGUGCAGGCAAGGUCGACUUCAAAGUCACUCGUGCUGGUAAAGAUACACAGCUGAGUCAAAUUGUCAAUCUCGUACAAGAAGCACAGACAAGUCGAGCUCCGAUUCAACGUCUGGCAGAUCUUGUUGCCGGCUAUUUCGUUCCCGUCAUCAUCCUCCUUGGGUUGAUCACUUUCGUUGCGUGGAUGGUUCUCAGCCGCACCUUAUCGAAUCCGCCCAAGAUUUUUAUCGACGGCCAAAGCGGUGGAAAAUUCAUGGUCUGCUUAGAGCUUUGCAUCUCCGUUAUUGUUUUUGCCUGCCCUUGUGCUUUAGGUCUCGCGACACCGACGGCUGUUAUGGUGGGAACCGGCACAGCAUCACAGCAGGGAAUUCUCGUAAAGGGGGGUGCAGCCCUUGAGACGGCCACUCGCAUUACACAUAUUAUUCUUGACAAAACCGGGACUUUGACUUUCGGCAAGCUCAAAGUGGCCGAAAAAAACAUCGAACCGCUCUGGACGUCCAACAAAUGGAGAACCAAGCUCUGGUGGACGCUGGUCGGGUUGGCUGAAUCAGGCUCUGAACAUCCGAUUGCCAGAUCCAUCCUUGCACAAGCACGAGAAGAGCUCGAACUUGGACCAGAAGAUCCUCUUCCGGGACUAGUUGGCAAUUUCGGCGUCACAGUUGGCCAGGGUGUAUCUGCCAUCAUCGAGGUUGAGACCCCCGGCGAACAGAGCCAAUACAAGAUUUAUGUUGGCAAUGCGACUUUCCUGCACAACAAGAAAAUCGAAAUCCCAUUUGAUGUGGAAGAAGCCGUCAACGCAGUCAUGUCACCCACAACCCGAACAAAAUCGAAGACUGGUAUCACGACUACAUAUGUGGCCAUCAACGAUAAAUUUGCUGGCACGCUCGGACUUUCGGACACUUUGAAACCCACUGCCCCAGCAGCCAUCGCAGCGCUGCAUAAGAUGGGUAUCAGCACGUCUCUGGUGACUGGUGACACUUACAACACUGCUUUAUCCAUCGCAGAACUUGUCGGCAUUCCCAAAGACGCUAUCCGGGCAUCUGUUUCACCUGGCGAGAAGCAAUCCAUUGUGGCUGAACUCCAAGCCCAAGGAGAGGUUGUUGCUAUGGUCGGUGACGGCGUCAACGAUUCUCCUGCGCUUGCCACGGCAGAUGUAGGCCUCGGUCUCGUCUCAGGCAGUGACAUUGCUGUCGAGGCAGCUGAUGUUGUUGUCAUGCGCUCCGAUGAUAUGCUCAACGUUCCCGCGGCUCUGUACCUUUGCCGAGUCAUCUUCCGACGCAUCAAGAUUAACCUCAUCUGGGCAUGCGCAUACAAUGUCAUCGGUCUUCCGUUCGCGAUGGGUGUUUUCCUGCCUCUAGGAUAUCACAUGCCACCGUUGAUGAGCGCGACGGCAAUGAUGUUUAGCAGCAUCAGCGUCACUCUCAGCAGUCUGGCUCUCCGGUGGGCUAGUCGACCUAAAUGGUUGACGAUUGAACAUAUGGAGAUGGAGCGGAGCAAGAUAAAUGUUCCAGUUCUUGGACGAAGGCCGAGACCAAAUCUGGUGGGCAGAUUUGUCGAUGCGGUAAGCGGGCUAUUUGACGGCUCAAUUGUAAAGAGAAGAAGAGAAGAGAAGGAUCGAGGAAGUUAUGUUCCUCUCAGGAAUGUUGACGCUGAGGCCGUAUGA